AUGGCCGACAUCAACCUCCAAGCCGUCCAUGAUGAAUUGGUCAAGGUGGCCUACGAUGCCGGCAAGAUGAUUCUGGCUGCCAACCCUCAGGACAUUGGCAGCGAUACCAAGCUCAACUCCGUCGACAUCGUCACCGAGGUAGACAGGGGAGUGGAAAAGAUGGUAUCCGGUCGUCUAUCCGCCUCGUUCCCUUCCGUUGCCUUUGUAGGUGAAGAGACGUACAAGCCUGGCAUGAGGAUCGGACCGGAGCCAACAUUCGUCGUCGACCCUAUCGAUGGAACGACAAACUUUGUCCACGGCUUUCCCAACGCCUGCAUCUCUCUCGGCCUGGCGGUGGAUCGCACGCCGACGGUUGGCGUCAUCUACAACCCGUGGCAAGACCUGCUCUUCACGGCCAUCAAGGGCGGUGGUGCCUUCAUGACGCGCACGCGGGGCUCUGAGCCGCGGCGCCUCCCGCUGGCCAGAUCCCCCGCUCCGCUAGCCGGCCUAGACAGUGCCCUCGUGGCCGCCGAGUGGGGGUCGUCGCGCGACGGGCCCAACUUCGACCUCAAGGUCGAGACGUUCCGCCGCCUGGCCGCUACCAAGGAGACGGGCGGCGCCAUGUGCCACUCCAUCCGGUCUCUCGGGUCGGCCGCCCUCAACAUCGCCGCCGUGGCGGCUGGUCAGAUGGAUUGCUACUGGGAGGGCGGCUGCUGGGCCUGGGACGUCUGCGCCGGCUGGUGCAUCCUCGCCGAGGCCGGGGGUGUCAUGGCUGGCGGGAACCCGGGCGUGUGGGAGGCUGCUCUGGAGGAUAGGGUCUACCUCGCCGUCAGGGGGGCGCCGUCCGGUCAGAAGGAGCUGGUUGAGGAGUUUUGGAACGUCAUCGGUCACGGUCGUCUGGAUUACAAGGUUUAG